AUUCUGUACACUCGUCUAGAAUAACAACCGUGUAGUUUCGUUUUGUACGAUACUCUAUGAUGUGUCGCUUAUCGACCUUUCACGUAAUCACGAAAUGGCGUCUUUCUGUAUUGUUCUUUGAGUAUUUCUAUUUAUGAUAUUGCAGUAAACAGCGCAAAUGAGAAUUCUUUAAAAUAAAAAUCAUACUUCGGACUAGGUGUUUUAUGUGAUAUUCAAGAUGUGUGCGUACGUAAACACGGUUCCGUUGCCGAAAAUAAAGCGGGAAGUGGAUGAUUCCCUCGAUGUGGUUCACUGUCGUCUCUGCAGCAAGGGCUUUGCCAGCACACGAGCUCUCAACAACCACGCGAGGAUCGAGCAUUUCGACUCAUACGCGACAGGAGACCCUGAUGUCUGGACUCAAGAGGAAGAGAAACCUGUAAAGAAUAAGAUUCAAAGCAACGCAAAAGUCAAAAUAGAUCCUCUAGAUGUCAAGAGGCGAACAGAAGAGAUGCUACAAUCACUGCAACCGACUAAUAUAAUGAGUCUAGCCUCAAACGACGUCAAUUACAUAAUAAUUAAGGCAGAAGAUGGUCCGUCUCCUAAGAAGAAGAAGGCGGAGAAAAAAGAGCAAGAGAAAGAGAAGGUCGCCGUGAGGAAAGAGAGAGAUCUGCAGGCGAUCACCGGUCCGUUCGAAUGCCUUCAGCCAUCCACCCUGGCUGCUGACGUGGUGUGCCAUCAGAUAUUCUUCUCGUGCUGUGAAUACUCGUUGCACUUCCGCGACGAACAUACUCGUCGGCGGAAGGGGCUGCGGUGUCAGGUGUGCGAGAAGCCGCUUGCUUGCACCGGCGAGGACCUGGCGCCUUAUUGUUGCGAGGUGUGCGGCGAGGGCUUCCAGACCAGCGAAGAGUUGACAGAACACUGCUCCACCAUGCACGUGAAGCUCAAACCUUUUGAAUGUAACGUGUGUCAUAAGAGGUUCACUCAGCAGGCUGGAGUCCUUCAACACAUGCGCAUGCACACAGGCGACAGACCGUUCCCGUGCACGUUCUGUCCAAAGGCGUUCACCCAGAAAUCAGGCCUCGAGCAACACCUCCGCAUCCACACCAAAGUGAAGCCGUACCGCUGCGUCGUCUGCUCGAAGAGCUUCUGUCAGUCUGUGCAUCUGAAACAGCACAUGCGCACGCACACCAACGUGGCGCCGUUCCAGUGCGGCAUAUGUGAUAAGAGGUUCAAACAGAGCAGUCACCUGAACUACCAUCUCAAGCACCACAACCCGGCGAACAUGACCGACGAGCAGAAGGCCAAGUAUGCUGAACUCCUGGGCCUCAUCAGCAAGGAGGUGGUGGAAGUGGAAGUGGUGCAGUCCCAGCCUGACUUGCUCCUCGACGAGACGGUCACCGCGCCGCACGCGAUAUGCGCGUGGACUGUGCAAGACGAGUGAGGGAUUUGGUGUCUAAAAAUAUGGUUUAGGACAAAAUAAUCGAUUAAAAUUACAAUCGAUUAUAGUAUCGAUUGUAGACAUAAUAUAAGUAUUCUAUCUACAAAUGAUUAUACGUAACUGGUAUAGGUUAGUCGAAAAUUUUUAUUUAAAUAACAAUCGAUUAUAGUAUCGAUUAAAAAUGUAACUACUAUGAUUGUUCUGGUAAUCGACGAACAGAACAUAAUAUCAGGACUCUAAAUAUUAGUAAUACGGUGCGCCCAUAGCUGCUGAGGUCUUUCGUUAAAUAAUAUUGAGUUUACCUUCUCAGUAUCAGUCUGAAAUCCGGAAUUUGUGCCCGAUAUGGCGAUAGGCAUAUCACAUCAUGGGACGGAACACAGAUGGAGGAAAGUGGAUUCACCGGUUACGUCUGCGCCUACCCUUUCAGGGAUAAAACGCGUGAGUGUGAGUACAAAACAAUUUGGAUACAACGGGCUAUCCAGAUUAAGUAAACGGGAAGUGAGAAAGCGAUAAUAACAUACAUGCGAGAAUCUGAUGUAAAUGUAGAUAGAAAAGGCUUAGUGAGUUUUAUAUCGAUAUUAAUUAGAAUAUCGAUAAGACUUGAAUAAAAUGAAAUCGCAGUCCACAAGAUGAACGAUAAGUCAAGUUAUUGUAUAAAAAUGAUUUCGUUUUUAUCUAUGUGUAUUCGAUUAGUACAUGCGACAGAUUAAGGUGCACAUGACGGGAAUAUCGAAUGUCGAUACUUUUAUUAUUGUAUAAUGGAUUUUAAUUGUAGACACAUUUUCCGCUGGUCGAUAUUUUACUUCGUGUUUUUGGCAUACAAUUUUGAUCUCAAAUUGUACGCGUUUUGGUUUAUAAUUUAAAAUGUUUUAGUUAAUUUUAUUUAUUUAAUGUUAAAAUGAAAUCAUAUCGAUUUACCACAAGAUUGAAAAGUUGUAUGUUUAUUUAUUUUGGGUUUUAGACCUUGCAGUCAACACCGAGGGAAACUUGCCAAUGAGAUACUAGAAUCCCAAGGCUUAGCGACUGCAGGGUCCUGGAGGAAAGUUGGGAGGGGAUAGCUGGGAAGAAAGUGUGGGAGAGCGAUAAGGAACCAUCUUAGGAUGGGAAGAGAGGAGAAGGCUAGGAACUGUUCACGAGUCUUUAUAGCCCUCAAUGUGUACAACCAUGAGGUAUACACACUGGACUGUGUGUCUAGAGAGACAAAUGUCCCCCGUACACGUAUGUGGAGACUGAGCGCAUGAGAAUUACCGAGGGGGAAUAGGGAGGGAGUAGCAUGUAACUUUGCUAGCGUGAAGUUAGUUAUGUUGUGGUUAAUAAUAAUAAUAUCAGCCCUGUAUUAUAUACUUGCCCACUGCUAUGCACGGGCCUCCUCUACUACUGAGAGGGAUUAGGCCUUAGACCACCACGCUGGCCUAGUGCGGAUUGGUAGACUUCACACACCUUCGAAAUUCCUAUAGAGAACUUCUCAGAUGUGCAGUUUUCCUUCACCGUUAAAGCGAACGAUAAAUUCACAAAGAAUACACACAUGAUUUUUCAGAAAAGUCAGAGGUGUGCGACCUUGGGAUUUGAACCUGCGGACAUUCGUCUCGCAGUCCGUUUCACACCCAACUAGGCUAUCGCCGUUUGAUUUAUGAAUGCAUUGUAAAAAUGACACUGUAUAAAACAGGGCUGAUAUAAUAUACGGCAUAAUUAUUAACUUAUGGAAAAUUGUAACUUUGCCCACUUGCCUUGGAAAAUAAAAAACAUGUUGUAGUAAAAUAUGGAACUAAUUUUA